GGAGAGAAGUCAUAUCACUGUGAUAUCUGUGGUAAAUCAUUCUUUCAAAAAGUUCACUUAAAUACUCACAGGCGUAUUCAUACAGGAGAGAAACCAUAUCAGUGCAAUAUCUGUGGGAAAUCAUAUGCUGAAGGAAAUAGCUUAAACAAACACAAGCUUGUUCACACAGGAGAGAAACCAUAUCAGUGUGAUAUCUGUGGUAAAUCAUUCAGUUAUAGAAGCUCGCUAAUUGUUCACAAACAUAUCCAUACAGGAAAGAAGCCAUAUAACUGUGAUGCUUGUGGUAAAUCGUUCAGGGAGGCAAGCCAGUUAGCAAUACACAAAACCUGCAUU